AUGAUUGAGAAAUAUUCUUUAGCAUUAAUAUGCUUGAUAGGGAUAACUUUAAGUUAGAUAAUUUUAAGUUCAAUGGAUGAUUGUACAUGUAGAUAAAUUCUAACUGAUUUCGAAUGCUAAAAUAUGCAGCCAUACUGUUAAUGGAAUGGUGCUUCAUGCUAAUAAUAAUCAUGUUACGAUGUGCCAUUAGAUUAAUGUACAGAACUUAGUUACUGUUAUCUUAAUGGAUAAUCUUGCUAAUAAUUUUACAAUUAAUCUAUGUGUUAGGAAUUAGUUGGUAAUGCAACUUAAAAUUGCUAAUAAUUAAGUCAAUAUUGUUAUGGUAAUAAUGGAUAGUGUUCUAAUUAAAUAACUGUAUUACCCUCUUAAUGUUCAAGUUAUACGAAUUAAUCAGAGUGUUUUUAAUCUUAAUAAGGUAGAUGUACAUGGUAUAAUAAUACUUGUAAUUAUUAUUCAAGUUGUAAUUCUAUUCCACUUGCAAAUUGUUAAUAAUACUAACCAUUUGAAACUAAGCAAUAGUUAGGUUAAUAUUGUAGAAUAAAUAAUAAUUAAUGUGUUUAGGCAACUUGUAAUUUAAUAACAAAUUAAACAUAGUGUACUUUUGUUUAGAAUUUCUUUAAUAUAGAUUAAUUUAUGUUAUGUUAAUGGAAUACUACUUCAAGUUCAUGUUAAAUGGCAAUUUCUACAAGUUUUCUUUCAAAUACUACCUGUCUUUAAUAUACAAUGGGUAAUUAUCAUUGGGUGACUAGAAAUAAUUAAACAACAGAAGGAUAUUGUUUUAAAUGUUAAGUAAAACCAAUAAUAUCUAAAAAAUAAUGUUCAUGUGAAUAAUUAAUAUCAUAAUAAGAUUGUUAUCAAAAUCCUCUAUGUACUUGGUAAUUUAACUAAUGUAUUAUAAAACCUUGUAGUGCUUUUAAUAGUUCAUAAGAAUAAUGUGUUCUAAAUUCUGCUUGUGCUUGGAUUGAACCUUAAGGUUGCACUAAUUUUACUAAAUGUUAAAAUUUAAAUGGAACUAAUUAAUAUGAAUGUUUACUUUAAUCAUUAAAUUGUCCUUCUAGUAAUGGUUAUAAUUGUUUUCCUAGAAGUGAAAAUAAUCAAUAUGGUUGUGCAGCUAAUUAAAAUGGAUAAUGUGAAAGAUUUUUUACUAAUGGAGGUUUUUGCUAAACAUAUCAUAAUUAAACCUAUUAUAAUUAAACAUAAUACACAUGCAGAUAUAUAGAAUCACCAAAUUGUUAAUUUAUAACAAAUUAAUAAGAAUGUUAAAGAUUUUCAUAAUAUUGUAAUUGGGAAAGUUAUAAUUAUAAUCCUUAAUUAUGUUCUGAAUGUGCUUUUAACCCUUAUUAUUGUAGUUAUUGCGGUACAUGUUAUAAUUAUUAUUAAUCAUGUUCUAAUUUUUACAAUGAAAAUCAAUGCAAAUAUGCAAAUGAAGGAGGUUAAUUUUACAAAUGUGUUUGGAAUUAUAAUACAUAACGUUGUGUUAAUAGUGGAUAAAAUGGAUAAUAUAAUGGAUCAAACAUUAUUCCAUUUGAUUAAGAUGAUUGUUAUACACAAACAGAUGGAUAAUAUAGAUGGAGUAGUAAUACUGAUAAAGCUGGAGAAUGUUUAAAAUGUUCUGUAGUUUAUCUUCCGAGAAAAAGAAAUUAAUGCACUUGUGAAUAAUUAAUAUAUUAAGGAGAUUGUGCAUUAGCAGGAGAUAGUUGUCUUUGGAAUCCAUAAUUAGGAUAAUGUGUUUAAAUGGAUUGUAAUAUGCUUAAGACAAGAUCUACUUGUGUCUCUAAUUAUAAUUGUCAUUGGAUAUAAGUAGAUGAUGUUAUGCAAUGUUUACCUUUUACUAAAUGUUCAAAUUUACCUGGUUCUAAUUCUUUGCAAUGUUUAACAUAUUCAUAUAGAUGUACUUAAAGUGAUGGUAGAUACUGCAAAGAAUUAUCAAGAACAGAUGUAUCUAAUACAUGUUCAUCAAUCUAAAAUUAUACUUUAUGUUAUUUGACAAUAGCUUCUGAUGGAGUUUGUGCAUGGAAUGGUUCAAGUUGUUAUGCUUUAUCUGAAUGUUCAUCAAUCAAAUAAUUUAAUUUGUGUGGAAUUAAUAAUUAUGGAUGUUAUUGGAAUCAAAAUACUAGUUCAUGUGUUCCAUUAUAAUGUUCUAAUAUAUUAUCACAAUCAUAAUGCACUUAUGUAGAUAAUACUAUUGAUAGAUAACAUUCUAUAUAAAUGUGUUUCUGGAAUCAAACAUUUUGUCAGAAUGUAACAACCAUUAGUGAAUCUCUUACAUCUUCUAAUUGUUAUAUCAAUUCAGGUAAAACAUAUAGCUGGUCCUAGAAUAAUUCAACUCAAGGCACUUGUUAAUCAUGUUCUGAUUCAAUAAUCAAAGUUGCUCUGCUCAUCCUAUUGGUUUUUAUUAAUUAUUGAAAUAAU